AUGGCUCAGUUGCAGCUGGCUGUGUGUUCGCAUAUGGAUCCAAUAGCAUCCAAUUCCAGUCUUCCUGCAACAAGCCAGGAAAGACGUCAUCCUGAAGUUCUUAAAGAACAGUCCCAGCUAGAACAUUUGAGGAAUAAUAUCCAGCAACAACUUGUGUGCUGUAAAGAGAAGAAAUUGAAAGAUCUUCAUGUUCACAAAGAGCGGAGCUCUUCCUGUACUCGGCCUGCAGAAAAUAGUCAGUUGGGCUUAGAGAAAGCAAGUUUUUAUUCUGCUGGCCCACAUAACUGGUGUUUCAAGGGUCAGGCCAGCACUGUGCCUUCCCACUGGAGAAUGAAGCGGAGAGAAGGUGUUGACAGAGCAUAUCCACUUAAGCCGGUUUUCCCCCCAAAAUCUGAGAAUGGUUCUUUACCAAGUUCUUGGCAAGUUGGAAAUGCACCAGCAACAGAGAUUCCUUCCUGUGGGAUUAGCUCAGAGAAAACAAAAGUCUCACAUGCGGUAAAGGCUCAGCCUGUAGGGGUGCACACUCCUUUUUCUGUACAACAAUCUAAUAGAACAACUUCUCAUUCACAAAGAGCAGAGUCAGGCUAUAUUCAAAAACUGGAGGCUGCUGGACGAAGUUUGGAGGAGGAAAUCCAGCGAAAGGAGACUCUCCUUAGGGAGAAACUAAGGAAAACAGAAGAAGAGCUCCGUAAAAUCCAGUGGAAAAGACAGCAAACUAAAGCAGAAGCAAGAAGAGACCAAGGAGGAUUACGGAUGCCAGAGAAAAAAAUGUCAGCUAUUUCUCAAGAUUGUAAUUCCAAAUCUAUUGCACAAUGUGAUGAUGAUGAUGAUAAAAAAAUGCUUGUUCCAGAGACUGUGAUAGCUUCAAUUGGGACUGUCCUGCUUCCACAGACACUUCAUAUGGAAAGGCUCAAAAAGCAACGAUUGAUAGCUAGCAACAAUAAAAUUAGAGAUAACUUCUCCAAUAUUUCUUCCACUCACAGCCUAAAACCAGCAUCUGUAUCCAACCAGUCUUGUUCUCCAACUGCAACCCCAAUAGGUCAUGCAGAAUCGGUGGCAGCAGAACCAUCAUAUAUAGAGGUCCAGAAUGAUAUAGAAGAUUGGGGAGAAUGCAAUUUUUGUGGACGGAGACUUUACUGUUCCAGGUUGGAGAAACACAUGAAUAUUUGCAGAAAAAAUCAUGGAUCCAAGAGAAAAGUGUUUGAUUCAAGCAAGGCUAGAGCGAAGGGCACUGAAUUGGAGACAUAUCAUCUCUUGAAGGGCUCAUAUAUUUCACAGAGAAAAACUUCCAGCCCAAGUCCUGAUACUCCCAAGCAAAGCAAUGCUACAUCUAAACAAAGCAACUGGAGACAGAAGCAUGACUCUUUCAUCAAGACUUUGCGCAGGGCUCGUGAAGUGCAGCGCAUCAUCUCCAAAGGGGGAAAGGCCUCAGAUCUUCCUCCAGCACCAGCUAUGGAAAACCCAGACUACAAAUUGUGUCCAUAUUGUACUCGUCAGUUUGCACCUAAGGUUGCUGAGAGACAUAUUCCCAAGUGCAAGAACAUUAAAAAUAGACCUCCACCACCACAGCAAAAAAAACAUUGCUAGCAAAUGGACAAGAUGACAUCUACAACUGGUGUUUCUUGCAAUUUUCUGUUUGAUGCUAUAGAGAAGCAGUUUCAGUGUAAAACCAAUGAGAAAUCCACUAAUUUUAAGUGAUCAUUAACCCCUAUAUAUUACAGGUCAAAGCACCUAGACGGACAAAAAGUGGCUUUGUUUUUAUCAUCUUGAAAUUUUGUAUUCUGUAAAAAUGGUUCCCUGGGAUUCCUUGCAUAUUUUGCAGUGGAAUUUUUGUCCGUUUCUUAGAACAUAGAAGAAGGGCCCUGCAAAAAGGCCUAUUAAAAAUCGGAAGAAAAUAUGAAGUUCUUAUAAAUCAUGGCUCUAUACUUGUGACUCUUUGAUGGCAUCUGAGAUCAGUUAUUUCUUGUAUGAGCUGCCAGAUAUCAUUUCUUUGCUGAGUACCAUAACAAAAAGCACCCAUGUUCUAGAAAAUUCCUAUUUAAAUUUUAGAAUGAUAGCUGGAGAAGAAGAGUAAAGGUUAUUUCAUUGCAUUACGUACUACUAUUUACAUUAGCUGGGAAAAGCUUUAAAGUCAGUUUUGUUUCUUGUUACAUAAGGUUAGUCUUCCUCACUUUAAAGUAAUCUAUACAAAUUGCUGUAGAAAAACCUGGAAGUUUGGAUGGAUUGUUUUUUAUAGCAUAAUUGUAGUACCUGAUUUUCAGCUCUAUGCAACUUUAAGAUCAGUGAAAAUAUUUGGGAAUAGGUCAACCAGAACAAUCAGCAAACAAAUGGAAUAAAUAUAUUUAUAAGCAUAUUAGCUGUCUUCAGGCAACAAACAUGAUCUAUAAUAAAAUAUGUAGAAUCUAAGUUGCUUGCAAAGGCAAAUGUAGUAUUUGCUGAAAGUCAAAACAUAUCGAUGAAUGCUUUGUUUGGAAACAAAUUUUGCGUAACACACUGUCAGUAUAGU